CUGAAAAAAAAAAAACAUGGGGAAUAAAAUUAGCGGUUGGCACUUUGCUAACAGUUACGUAACAAAAUCAUGUGAAUCCAACAAUCUUUUCAUGAUCUUCAUCAUUCUAGGGUUUUCUCAAAUUCUCCCAAAUCAAUCAAUGCGUUUCUCAAUUCAUCUCAAAUCGACGCAGCAUUAGAUCGCCACUCCUCCGAAGUUUCAAUCCAACACAAACUCGCAAAAUCCCAAAUCACAUUGUCGUUUCACUGGAAUCAGUCUCUUUGCUACACUACAGACAGUUGUCGACUGAAUUUUCAAAUUGUCUUUUUUUCUGAGCUGAAUACAAAUAACUUCUAUAAAGAAUAGGUGACUUAAAGGGAAAGCAAAAUAAAACUGUCUAUAAAAGAUUUCUCAACCAAGGGGAUAGUGCUACAAUGUCGGACUCGAAUGAAAUGGUGUCGUUUAAAUCUUACCAGGAUCAGGCUAAUAUGUUUGUGAAGGAUUAUAUACUAGCAGACUCUUUGAUUCCAUAUACUUCUGUUAUUGGUGGCAUUGUUGCUUGCAAACUGAUCUAUGAUCUUACUCAUCUCAUUGGUACUAAUUACUUUAAGACCUAUUCCAGCUUCUCAAAAAUCCAACGUAUUGAGUGGAAUAACCGAUCUGUAUCAACUAUUCAUUCAAUUUUCAUAACAGCUAUGUCAUUAUACUUGGUGUUUUGCUCAAAUUUAUUUUCUGACAACCAGUCUCCUGAUCCUAUUACAGUUCGAAACUCUUCUUUGUCAACAUUUGCACUUGGGGUUUCUGUUGGUUACUUCAUUUUUGAUCUAGCGAUGAUCCUUUGGUUUUUUCCUUCUCUUGGUGGAUAUGAGUAUGUGGUUCAUCAUCUCUUUUCAUUAGUAGCAGUAGCGUAUUCAAUGUUGAGUGGGGAAGGGCAGCUUUACACAUACAUGGUCCUGAUCUCCGAAACAACUACUCCAGGAGUCAAUUUGAGAUGGUAUCUCGACGUAGCUGGUUUGAAAAGAUCCAAAGCUUAUCUCAUCAAUGGGGUUGUAAUAUUCCUUGCUUGGAUGGUUGCAAGGAUACUUUUGUUCGUUUACAUGUUUUACCAUGUGUACCUGCACUUUGAUCAGGUUGAGCAUAUGCACAUCAUCGGGCAGAUAUUGGUAAUUAUUGUGCCAAUGGUGCUAUCUGUUAUGAACUUGGUUUGGUUCGCAAAGAUCGUUAAAGGCUUGAGGAAGACAUUGGCAAAGAGGCAAUGAUAAUCUGCUUAGUAAUGGUUAUUACAGAAACAUGUAUAGGUUUCCUUGUUUAUAUUUGUGUCACCUUGUCUGACCAGCACUGAAAGAUGUAACAGUAUCCAAUUAUAGUUUUAUUUGUUUGGAUCCCAUGUGAUUAAAUCUGUUUUUGGUGUUAACGAGCUUCA